AUGGAAACUAAUCAGCAGCCCACUUCAGAAAUCCCCAGCCCCCGGGGGCAGGCUGGAGUGGGGGACAGUUCUGAUCACGAACAGCAAGCUAGGAGUCCAACCUCACAAUCCAGGCUAUACGAGUGCAAUUUCUGCAAGAAAGGUUUCUCAAACGCUCAAGCACUUGGAGGCCACAUGAACAUCCACAGGAAAGAUAAAGCAAAACUGAAACAAGCUUCAAAGGAGAAUCAGAGGUUGAUUGAUGCUCAAGGAAUGCCUAAUAAUCCGUUGACUCCUUCAAGCACUAGUCCUGGAAAUAACAUAGGUAAGCCAUUGGAGUUCACGUCAUCUGCCCAAGUACUAAUGAAAAUCAGCAGUCCCAAGUGGCACUCAUCUGCUUUAGCACCUGAUCAUCUUCGAGAAAAUUAUUCUUAUGAAAGCCACAUGGCAGAGCUAAAACAGCUACCAUUGUUUGUUGAAACAGCAUCAAGUGUGGCCGUCGCGGAGUAUUCGGGUCCAGUAAUACAAGCUAAUUCCGGAAGCUGGCAAGAAGAGUUUAUAUCUGGCCAAGGAUCUUUUGGUGCCGAGUUGGACCUUGAGCUUAGGCUUGGACAUGAGCCUCCGAAAUCAACGGUUGUUACGGGAACAAGAAAGUUCUUCUGA